GUUUUGGGGCUGCAAGGAGAGCGGAGCGGUAGCCCGAAUCCGGGCAUCCGGAGGGGAAAGAACCGACUCUCAGCGUGCCCGGUACCCUUUCUGGAGCUGGUCCCUCGCUCCCUGCCGGCUGUCAUGUGGGCUGUCCUGAGGUCAGCCCUGCGGCCCUGCGCCCGCGCCUUUGUGCCCGGGCCGCGCGCUUAUCACGGGGACUUGGUGGCCACGCUGGGCACCCAGCCAGACUCGGGCUCUGCCAUCUACCAGGAAAACUAUGAACAGAUGAAAGCACUAGUAAAUCAACUCCGUGAACGAGCGGAGGAAAUAAGAUUAGGAGGUAAUGAGAAAGCCCGAGAACUCCACAAAUCAAGAGGAAAACUUUUAGCCAGAGAAAGAGUGGACAGUCUUAUAGACCCAGGGUCUCCAUUUCUGGAAUUAUCUCAGUUUGCAGGUUACCAGUUAUAUGUGAAUGAGGAGGUCCCGGCCGGUGGCAUUAUUACAGGCAUUGGGAGAGUAUCAGGAGUGGAAUGCAUUAUUGUUGCCAAUGAUGCCACCAUCAAAGGAGGUUCCUACUACCCAGUGACUGUGAAGAAACACUUACGGGCGCAAGAAAUUGCAAUGCAAAACAGACUCCCCUGCAUCUACUUGGUUGAUUCAGGAGGGGCAAACUUACCUCGACAAGCAGACAUAUUUCCAGAUCGAGAUCACUUUGGCCGUAUAUUCUAUAACCAGGCAAUUAUGUCUUCUCAAAAUAUUGCACAGAUUGCGGUGGUCAUGGGCUCUUGUACGGCAGGUGGUGCUUAUGUGCCUGCAAUGGCUGAUGAAAACAUCAUUGUACGCAAGCAGGGUACCAUUUUCUUGGCAGGACCCCCAUUGGUGAAAGCCGCCACUGGAGAGGAAGUGUUGGCCGAAGAUCUUGGCGGUGCUGAUCUGCAUUGCAGAAAGUCUGGAGUAUCCGACUACUACGCUUUGGAUGAUCAUCAUGCCCUUCACCUAACUAGGAUGAUUGUGAGGAAUUUAAAUUAUCAGAAGAAAUUGGAUGUUACUGUAGAACCUUCUGAAGAUCCUUUAUUUCCUGCUGAUGAAUUGUAUGGAAUAGUUGGUACUAACCUUAAGAGGCACUUUGAUAUUCGAGAGGUCAUUGCUAGAAUCGUGGAUGGAAGCAGAUUCAACGAGUUCAAAGCCCUAUAUGGAGACACAUUAGUUACAGGAUUUGCUAGAAUAUUUGGAUACCCUAUAGGUAUCGUUGGAAAUAAUGGAGUUCUCUUUUCUGAAUCUGCAAAAAAGGGGGCUCACUUCAUCCAGAUAUGCUGCCAAAGGAAUAUUCCUCUGCUGUUCCUUCAAAACAUUACUGGAUUUAUGGUUGGUAGAGAAUAUGAAGCUGAAGGAAUUGCCAAGGAUGGUGCCAAGAUGGUGGCUGCUGUAGCCUGUGCCAAAGUGCCUAAGAUAACUGUCAUCAUUGGGGGAUCUUACGGGGCUGGAAACUAUGGGAUGUGUGGCAGAGCAUAUAGCCCAAGAUUCCUCUACCUAUGGCCAAAUGCUCGCAUCUCGGUGAUGGGAGGAGAGCAGGCAGCCAAUGUAUUGGCCACAGUAGCAAAGGACCAAAGAGCACGUGAAGGGAAACAAUUCUCCAGUGCUGACGAAGCAGCCUUAAAAGAGCCCAUCAUUAAGAGGUUUGAAGAGGAAGGAGACCCUUACUACUCCAGUGCAAGGCUGUGGGAUGAUGGGAUUAUUGAUCCAGUGGACACCAGACUGGUGCUGGGUCUCAGUCUUAGUGCGGCCCUCAACGCACCAAUCCAGAAGACUGACUUUGGCAUCUUCAGGAUGUAACUGGAAUGUAAGGCGUCUUCCAUGGGACAUGUACCAAAAAUUAAUGUACUGGUAGCCUUAAAAUUUUAGGCUUUUCCAACAUGUGGCUAUUACACUAAAAUUCUCAACACAGUGCAUUGUACUUUUCUACCUUAAAAAAAAAAUCAGUGAAGAUAUUUAUUUGAUGAACUUCAAUUCCUUGUCCAUUUUCUUAGAGAAAUUUUUCUGUGGCUCCACUUUACCACCCAUAAAAUGAAGAGAAUAACUUACAGUUAGCCUUUCUAACCCACGUGUAGUAUGAAAAGUUCCGUAACCUAUAAAUCCCAGGUAUGAUUGAGAUUAUUCACAGAAAGUUGUUUUUCCACCGAAAUGAUUGCUUUGCUGAUUAUGCACGAUGCUAUUUUAACACACAUAAUUUUUAAAAGCAUCUAUUACUUUGCCUUUCAGCCACCAUCCUACUCCUUCCUGGAACAGUCAGACUCGUUGCUGUCUGCACUCGGGGCUCUGUUUCCUCCCCAUUCUCUCUUCAUCCUACACUCCUCAUCGGCUUCCACUGCCAACAGCCCUCUCCAAGGUUGGCCUCCAUGUUGCUGAAGCCAGUGGGUUCUUUCUCGACGUUACUAGACUGAAUUUUCUGUGGCAUUAAGAGCAGUCAAACACUUGUUCCUAGCAGUGCUAUCCUUAGCUUCCAGACUGUAACUCUAGGUUUUCCACCAACCUCUUUGGCCCCUUGUUCCGUCUCCUUUGUCAGGCUCUGUUCCUCUAUGCAUUUCUCUCCCACUCCCUUCACC